CACACACACACACACACACACACACACACACACACACACACACACACACACACACACACACACACAGACAGUCCCAGAUCAAACUAAAGACUAUCACACUCUGAUGCAUGCGCACACUAGAGAUGCCAGCCUAACCAGUAUUCAAUGCAUGCAUCAGUGCAUGGACAGUAUACACAGAACAUCUUACAACAGUUGUUUUAAUAUAUAUUAAAACACGCCUAAGCGUUAAAAAGCAGGUGGCUGCGAUGUAUUCCAGUGUUUAAAGUUAUUCUGAAGCACAAUUUCUUAUAAUUUGCAUCUAACUCGCUCUAUUUGCGCACGUUCGUUCCGCGCUGGUCAACACCGCCACCUACCGGGCGCGUCCUGAACUGCAGCUCUGAGCUUUCGUUUCUGUUUAUUUAAACACUAGAAAAUAUAUCUAAUAAGUGCAAAUUGAGCGACCUAAAUUAUUGAAAGAGGGGCUCUCUGUAGCGUCUGUAGGAAGCCCGCUUAACACAUCCUCAAAGACACGCAUUUAACACCAAACUGAGAAAAGAUGCAGGGAAAUCACAAACAGCCCCUUCGCUUCAACUAUAUGCCAUUUAGAGCCCUUUAGAUUUUCAUUAGAACAUUAUUUUGCAUGUUUUGAUGUUAUGUAGGUGUUUUCCUUGUGACUGAUUUCUACAGUGAAUGCUAGGUGAUUUCAGGACACACUAUGUCAUAAGUUCAUUUUAAAAACCUUUUAAGACUUAUGGUUUAAAUUCUUAAUGUCUAUUAAUAAAAAACUAAAUUUAAUGGAUUUUUUUAUUUUUUAUUUAUUUAUUAGUUUUCAGUUGUAGGUUAUGCACCUUCUUUUGUAACGCAGAAUCAAACUAUUUUCUUUGCAUGUGCGAGACGCUCGAACCAUUGACCUCUGUAAGUAAAUAGCUGAAUAAAUAUCAAAGUGCAUUAAAGGCAUGCGCUGAAAACCGGUGUGUUUAUGAUAAUGAUAAUGAAUUCAAAUAAUAUGAUCAUAAAAUGCAAGUUUACAAUAUUAAGUAACUGUUGUUGUACAGGAAAAGUAACUGGAGCAUCGGAGGCCUUCAAAGUCAGUACAAAAGCUAAGACAAAUACAUAAAUAAAAGACGCAUAACAUCUUUAUAUAGUUACACAUUUGUGUGUUGACAAACAGCUCCCAGAGAGCCAUUGGAGCAGCUCUCCGUCAGCUGGUGCGCGUGUGGCAGGUGCGCGCAGCCGGUGAUUUACGCGUCUCCCUCGUGCGGGACGGUGACGCGUGGCUCAGGGGUCACACCGCACACGAGUCCGUCACGUGAGCGCGUAAGAGACACAAAUGACUGGGAAAGAUUUCAGCGACGGUAUACAGGAGAGAGUCCUCUGAUUCUGCUGGUCAACAUGACAUCAUCAGUCUCUUGAUGGGACUCAAGAACUCGAUCAGAUGAGAUCUUAAGUGUGCUUCAGUGCCCAGAGUUUCAGCACCUGUGCGGGCACCUGUGAGCAGGCAGUCCUGCCUUUGUCUGUAUGGAUGGGAAUGGCAGCAUCAGCUGUUGGUGGGAAUCAUUUACACACAUCAUGGAAACACUUUGUGAUCAUUGUUAUAACGCUCCUGCUCUUAAGUGCUCCUUCAGUAUGUGCACAGUGUCGAAUCCUGAGAUGUAAUUCAGAUUUUGUGGCUGCGACUCUGGAAAUUGGCGUUAUUGGAGGAGGGGGUAAAGAGGGUGCUAAUGCUGGCUACUGCAGCGCCCUGCGGUCCUACGCACUCUGCACCCAGCGAACGGCCCGAGCAUGCCGUGGAGACCUGGCGUACCACUCUGCCGUGCAGGGUAUCGAGGACCUGCUCAUCCAAAAUCGUUGCCCCAAAACAGGCCCCACAGCUCAGCCGCGGCCCCUGCCCCUGCCCCAGGCCCCUCUCUCAGGGGACAUAUGCUUCUAUGAGAAGGGGUUUAUACAGAGGGAGGGCCGGCCCCCAGAGUACCUGCACUGCGGGGUGUUUGGGGACCCUCAUAUCCGCACCUUUAAUGAAGAGUUCCAGACGUGUGCUGUGCAGGGCGCCUGGCCUCUCAUAGACAACCAGUACCUGUACAUCCAGGCCACCAGCACGCCCACUAGAGGGAGCUCUUAUACCACUGUACUCACAAAGAUCACGGUUAUCUUGAAGAACUGGCGUGAGUGUGCAGAGCUACAGAUAUAUCAAGCGGAGCUGGAUAAUGUUCCCCCGGCGUUUGUGGAUGGUUCUGUGACCGGCAGAGAUCGCAGAGGCCAUCAGAGCCUGCGCAUUCACUCUCACGAUCCUGGCCGACACGCUGAGGUCUGGGCUAAGCACAUUGGGACGACGAUAGUUGUGCGUCAGCUCGGCCGGUCACUGAGUCUGUCUGUCCGCUCCCCUCGUGCGAUUGUGGAGUCCUAUACGCCUGAACAGGACUUGCAGUUGUGCGUAUGGGGGUGUCCGCUCUCACAGCGUCUGGAGACGCCGUACGCGCAUCCGUCCAUGCCUGCAUACGCUCACUGCUCCUCACUGCUUCCGGUGCGGGAUGUGUAUUUCCAGGCUUGCUUGUUUGAUCUACAGGUUACUGGAAAUUUGAACUCCAGUGCAUCCGCUGUGGUUGCGCUAGAGGACGCUCGUGCGAUGAUCUCGGACCCUGAUAGGGUCCACCUGCUGACGGACAGAUCAGGUAACAACCCUCCAUCAUUGCCGAUGGUGCUGGCCUUAAGCGUCCUUGUAGAGACCCUCAGACAUGCUUUCUUGGGCCCAGUGUGACAUCAAAAACACUGCACUAAAACAAGCCUUUUGUGAUAUUUGAAGGAUAUUUAUACAAUUGUUCUAUGUUUACAUCUCAGUGGUUUGGAAGUUUAUGUUUUGUGAAUAGAGGCUGUCUGGAACGGCCAUAAAAAACAAAAAUGCAAACAUUUUAUUGCAUUUGUUUCAGUAUUAAAUGCACAUAAAGUGUGUGAAUUAUCAAUAUGACAUAUUUGUGGAUAUUUUUAUCUGGAUAAACGUGAAUAACCUAUAAAAAAAAAUAAGCAAAUAUGAGUGACUUGCUCAUGCAACUCAGUGUAUGUUUUCUCAAAGGUGGAUGAAAUUUAUGCAGAAAUAUAUUUAUAAUAAAGAAAAAAAUUAAAAUA